AUGGCCAUUUGGCAGAAUGUUGCAUCCGGGGUAGCGGAAGCUGUUCACUGGCCCCAGAGCUUCACAAUCUACCGUGAAGGUGAGCUCCUGUUUUUGAAGGAAUUUAAUUUCAAGCCUACCUCGGCUGUAUCCACAUCCACAGAACCAGCGAGGGUGCGUAAUCAUCAUAGCCAGGACCCGUAAAGCGCGAACUACGGCUUAAUGCAACAGUUGGUUGAUCUGCAAUAGGAUGCAGAAGAGCCCUGUCUACUAAUUUGUUGCGUAUUUCGUCAACCCAGCGUGUUCGGGCAAAUAUGAAAUGAACUUGAUCUCAAAAGUGACCAUCAUUCGAGGACUGCGCGAAUAGCAGUUAGUCUGUCCGGAGUAAUUUUGGUUAAUAGUAAAACUGUUUUGUGGGGCUAAAUUAAAGACUCCCUUGUUAGUAGCGCAAUGAGUCUUUGUAGUAAAAGGGCUAAAGGCUUGCCUCGCAGAUCCUUCAAAAUUUCCUUUCUGGAAUCAAAAUCCCUUGCAACGCCAAAAAAGGCAAGCAAGCGGACAAGUCAAAAAGGGAUUGAGGAAAGUAAAUAAGAUAUUUUUGUCCAUUAUAGGAAUCCAGCGUUGGAGUAUCGGAAACAAGAACAGUGGCGACAACAAGGGCUCCACUAAGACUCAUAAGUGGUACCACCAGUCCCCAAUUUGAAAAUUCGUCCUCACCACUCUAGACGAUGGCGAUACCAUAUAGACUUAAGCUGUCAGUGACGCCGCCGUGAAAACUUGGCGCUGCGUGAGCCAUGACCUGGUAGGCGAAGCUAAGACAGUCAGGCAACGUUCAAGUCGCAGUAAGGAACGCUCGCGCGUCCAGGCAUAGCUUUCCCAAUGGAAAUUCUUACAUUACAACAUAUAGUGUGAGUCCUUCAUUCUAGGGCUUAGCAUGCUCACUUAGCACCAGGUCACUGGCAUACGCUCAAAGCAAUUCUUUACCGUACAUGUUAUCCAAUUCUGUCCUAUCAUUAUGGGUACGUUUGAAGUAUUCCAGCCCAAAAAAGGUUUCUGUACAAAACACACUUUUACGUUCCAAAUAGGGUACUUGGAGGUUUACGCAUAUUUCGCUCAAUAAACUGAACUGAAAUAGCUCGUGACAAAAUUUGUGGUGAAGAGAGUUGCAUGUGGAGGUUCGGGGGUUUGAUUCGGAUAGAAAAUGAACAUAAAAGGGUUCCCAUUAUUGUAGAUAGUAAUGAAAUGACAGACAGAAACCAAGCGUCGAAAAUGUGGAUACAUGGCUUGACUUCAGAUACUAUAAUUGUGGCGCCGAGUGCUGUGGAUAGUUAACUUCUGGCUACACACUGCUGCCGUUCAUGUAAUUAAGUUGCAGAGAGGAAGAGGGCUUGACAAGACGUACUUUGGGGUGUAUUUGAUGAAUAAAAUUGUCUUCUUAAAAAAUACUCGAAGAUCUUUUAAAGUGCUUUUGGAAAACUAGUCAUAGCGUCACAGAAAUUGUCAUUCACGACGCUACGACUUGACAAUCGCUUACUUCUCAAAUAAUAUCGUUUACGUUAACGACAUUCCCGGAUAUAUUUACAUUAGGCACAAAAGACUCUCUCAGUAAAUGAACAUAUUGUUACGUUCUGUAGUUUGCGGAAAAUGAAUAGUUAGGGGUGAAAACUUUGAGCGUACCAACUUUCUCUAAAGGGUCAUAUUCCCCAUCCUUCGUUCCAGGGGAGGUGGUAAAACGUGAUGGUAAAAUUCGAGGUCCGCUAUCCAGACGACUCGCCAACGCGUGUUGUCCCGUACUUCUUAGGGCAUUGAUGAGCAAAGUCAGCUUCGGAUUCUGCGAGACAACGUGAUUAUCGUUUACGAAUUUUUGCCCAGAAUGGUCAAAUAUUUCAAGACAGUCUAACAAUGUCUCUAUUUUUGACGUCGAUCCCUCUGAAAGACAGUCCCAGCGUAGAAGGUCCUUUCCCGUGUCUGCUGAGAUGGCUCCAUGUGCAACCAGAUAAUCGACCAAAGGAGGGUCGAGAUCAAGGGUGUCCAGGAUAUUAGAAAUAUCCGCUCGAGAAAGUGUUGAACAUUUCGACUCGCUAAGAGCAGUGGCAAGAGUGUCGAAAGUGUCGACAUUAGGUGAAUCCGAGGGAGCUUUGAAAUUGUAUACAAAUGGCGAACGCUCUUCUCGACACUUUGGCUGAAUCGGACUAAUGCAGAGGGUGCUUGACAUCAUAGGCAAGUUUGAUCCACUUGAAAAUUAAGCAGAAAGCAUAUAAACACUGGCAAGAGGUCAAUCCGUCAUAUUGUUCUGGUCACAUAAUGAUAUGGGAGAAAAAAAGGAGCGAAAACCGAUCACUGUCGCACAAUCUCGCCUAACUUUUUAAACGGGCUUCAGUUUUAUUAAUAAUUAAAACACGAGAGGAAUACCGAUCAAUUCGUCGCAGUGAUACAUUUCGACAAUGAAAUGAAAACCAGGCAGCUAAUUUCGUCAAAUAUUCAGGUUCACUAAGAUAUUAUUGAAGAGCAGGGGUGGGGCAUUGUAUUGGAAUUACUUCCAAAGCGGGCAUGAAACAAAAGGGCGAGCAAAAUGAAUGUUUUCCGUUUUCCGUGCGGACUGCACACCAACUUAUCUACAAGUACGAAAACGUGCGUAAAGUAAGAAUCAAUGUACACAAGCAAUGUGACGACAACUGGAUAUCUUUAUGCCCGUGUCGCAUUUCUGAAUGUUUUGUUGUAGCCUAGAUCGGUCAGAUGCAUCGUAGGUGGUAUAAUUUAGGAUCUCAAUCAUGGUUUGUAGACCCCAUAACUCCUCAGUAGCAUGACAUUUUUCGCACAUUCUGACGAGGAUACUGAAUUCAAGCUGGGAGGGGGGGGGUUGCGGGAACAGCUGCAUGUAAAGCAAGGCGUAAAUGCAAGCAAAGUCGAUAUGAAGGGGAUGCAGAUAGGCGGAUAUGGAGGGGGUGUUGAAAAUCACGUGAACCGACCGAAGGCAUAAUUAUGUGCAAAGGUAGGAAACUUCGCAAAUGAUAAAAUACCGCUUGAAAAGUACACCCGCAAACCAAUUGAGUGUAAAUAGCGAAUAAACGCCUUAACAGUGAUCGAAAAGCCAAGAUAACCUGGCAUAAGUUAGAAACGGUCAAACGGGGAACAAUAGAAGUCGAUUUACACCAGUUGAUGUGAAUUCACUGAUAAUGCUUACAUAUGCGAACAUGAAUAUACUCUUAAGGAGUUAACAUAUAUAUCACUUCUUCUUCCUUUGGAUUUUAAAGGCUUUAACAUUAAAUCAGGGCGCUUUUUCAGCGCGCAUAGUCGCAGCAAUUAGCUGGGCCCUAUGAAACGAAAUUAUUCUGGCCAUUCCGAAUAGAAACCUAUAUUUCUAAGUUUUUACGGAACUGGAUACGUAGGAUAGCAUUCGAUCCCAUUUCCUAAAGAGUAGAAUGCGCUGUUUCGACCUGUUUCCCGUACAGUUUCUUAGCCAGUUGGCAUGUGAAAAAACCAUUGUGUGAGAAAAUUUCAAUAAUACCUUAUAGAAAACUAUUUGCGCAAAAUAUAUUCCCAUAAUUUUAUUGGGCCUACUAUGUAAGUUCAUUUCCUUGAUCGGACAGUCCCAAGGGAGACAGCUGCUUAUACAAUUCUCGUACGGGGAUUCAGAUCUAGUGUGUAUAACUUUAUCUCUCCCUGCCAGUUAUGGGCUGUUGUUUGAGGGAGAGAGAGGGGGAUAGAUAGAAAAGGCAUAUUGAUAGUGAUAAUGAUAAUUUAUUUAAUGCCAGUUUACAGGCAUUGUCAAGGGAAGCGUUAAACACAAAUCCGGCUUUCGGAUAGUAGGCCGGGAAGCGUGAAAUGUGCCUACGUAACCUAUUUCAGGUUCAUUUCCUGCCUCUGUUUGCAGAAAUGUCCCCCAAAGAGUUGGGAAAGGUGCGGUUCGCCCCCCGAUCAGUCACACAUGCGUUGGCUAUUUCGCUCCUGCAAUUGUGCGCACACAUGUCCUCUAGAGUCAUUUACCCGAACUACCUUUAAUGCCUGCGACUCUAAUGUAAUGUGGACGCAGCCAACUGAGUUUCCUAGUGUGCCAUAAUUGAGAAAUGGUCAAUGUCAAACCACUUAAUUCGUAAGUGCUUACGAUUGGUCGUCUGCGGCCUGAAUAUCCAUAAUCUACCCAUCCCAAGGUAGUUAGCGUCUUAAUUCAGAUGUUGAGGAUUAUUGACCCGUAUGAAUUGGACUGGGUUGUUAGAACGAAGUUAACACUUCUGGCGCGAAUGCAGGCUGAGGAUGGCGUAACCGCGUGUCGGUGAAAAUAGGCGUUGUCCUUUUUCAACGAAACCGCAGAGCCCUUUCUCACGACACUCGUCAAAAUUCUCUUUCCGCCCACCUUCUAUGUCGGCCUAUCCUACGGCCAUACUCUGCAGCUACCUACAACGUUGCAUUCCCCUCCGGUUGCUCGACGGGCACGUUGAUGAAAACGCCCUCCACAGAAGGAUCAUCCCCCUAGUAUAGUUAUCAUCUGUUUUGCAUCAUUUAUAGUUUUCUGACAUUCUAAAUUUCUGCUCCUAAUAUAUAUCUUGUGCCUUCUUAAUUCUUAUUGCUUGCGAGUGAUGAAGUGUCUAACAACCUUAAGGUUCUAGGCCAGGAGUUAUCUCUAGGGGCACACACAACUGCGCAUGUGUUACCCCCAACGUCCUCGGCCGUUAAAAGGUGUGCCAGUGACAGAGGACUUAUUUACAUUUGAGAGCGCCCACUGCACUAUCGCUUACGGUAAUGGCGGCGUCUAAAUUGCAUACUCGUCCAAAUUUCGCAUAGAAUAUUUUUUUAAAGAAACACAUCGCCUCUGCGAGGGAAGCCAGUUUAUUCUAUUAAAUCAGCAACCACAAACUGGCAAGUCGAAAUUUUAAGACUGUGAAGUUGACUGUCUGUCAUAUUCAUAAUAACGAAGUCAAACACAUGUUAGAGGUAAAAAUUCUUUUUGUGAUGGAGCAUAAUUGGCCUUAAUCGCCUCUAGUCAUCUGCUAGGUGUAUUAACAUUCUGGCAAACAAGAUCUGAAAUUACUUCACAUGUAAACAAAUAUCUAAACACAUUCGCAUACACUAUACUCCAUGUUAUUAUUUCUGAAUAGUCUGUGGUCAAAUUUUAAUCCUAUAUAUACGCCACAUUUCUGAUGCAGCCUAGUAUUCAAAGCUGAGACUGAUAAAGAAUUCGACCGUCGAGAACGACAACGUCCAAGGCGCGCCUCACUGAAUAGGCUCAGAAUCGGUGACUUUCGAAAGAAUAAGUUUAUAGGAAGGUAGGCUUUCGCUGAAUCUACUUAAUCCUCUCCUCCCUCCUCAAACAGGCUACGAUGGCAGGACAAUGGCAUGAGGAUUGGUGAUUAAAUUGGGCACAAUGGCCGAAAAAGCUAAACUGCUACAUAUGACCUGAUCCAGCACAGUACGUCAAGAUUUUACAAAAUGAGGAGAACGACUUGGACCUCAUGUUCGUAAAACUGCCAUAGACGUCCUACUAGGAAAGAAACGUUGAGCCAGUCACCCAGCAUAUACAUUCAGUACUCACCACAAGGACCGAGCUAUCAAGACAACUUAAAUUUAUGCAAGUCACGACCUUAAGCGUGUAAUAAAAGGUCUAGGCGCGCCAAAUCUGUUGUAGUGGAGAAUGCACUGAAGCUCCGCGAAAUGGAUUUUCCGGAGUCGACCUAUUUUCUUCUUCACUCUCCACUGUACCAGUCUACAGUUCCCGCUGGUCAGUUAUCUGGUGCUGGGAUUGGCUGCAGCGGUUGACGUGGCGAGAAGCGUGAGCAAAUGAGUGCUUCCCCAUCCCCAAGUGUGGCUCCUGUCAUGGAAUGCGCGACUCUGCGUGACCCAAAUAAGGCGUGUCAUCAUCCAGUCCAGCCCACGCGGUAAGUGCCGUUGAACACGACGGUCGGACCGUCGACAUACAAGUGAAAAUGUGAUUCGGGACGUAAAUGUACAGGAAGUGAGAAGUUUUACAUUCUGCUCCGCGAUGCAUAUUUUGGUGAAUAUAUGGCAGUCCGGUCUUCCUUGCUCUCCGCCGCCUUUUUAUUCGCCCCACAUUCCUUGUCAAUUCGCUGGUGGAGCCGCGCGAGGUUUGCUACUAGCGCCGGGAGAACUCGAAGAAAAUCAACGCUGUUACAUCUCUUAUUUGCCAGCAGACACUGAGAAGGAUCGAAAAACGCACACACGCGCUUGGACCAGUAACCUCAACGGCAGACACAUGACAACUGAACUUGUCCGGAAAGACCGUUUGAGGGACCUGCUUGCGGAGCCUCUCGUAAACAUUUACACGCCAGUAAAGUUGUCCAACCCCAUCCGUCUUCCCUGACUUAUAUUUGGGAACCUUGUGUUGUCGACCAUAAGGAACUCUCGAGUCAGCCUUAAAUCACAACAAAUGCAAUUUAAUUGAAAUUAAAGUAAGCGAUGACCUAGCCACACCGGCUUUAACUACCCCAACAAAGGUGAUGAUUUGAAUCCAAUAAUGUCACAAGAAUGCGAACAAGAGAUCACUCACUUUGGUCGUUGAGAUAGGCAUGGUGUCCUACAUGAGUCGAAUGUUGAGUAACGGUCAGACAGUUCGGCAGGUAAUGGUUAUUCGCUUUUACUCCCUACGGGUUUGUGAGGACAAUCUUAAAAUCGAGCACGAUAAGCAAUAUGAGCUCGAUAAUGUGCACAUAAUUCCAAAAGGCGAGAUCAGGGGUCCUUGGCAAAGAUACACUUAAUUAACUAAGGGCUUGGUCGUAGAAUUUCUGUUGUGUCAUGUACCCUUCCAACUAAAACGAGAGAUUUCUAAAAGCUGUAUAAUAAGGAAAUGCUAAACGGCUCAAGAUAAAUUGUAGAUAAAAUAAUCGUGUGCUGAGAUAAACCUCAGUAAAACCCUUUGAAUAGGGUUACCUCAAACUGGAAGACUAUCUAGACGGAUAUAUGGCAGUCAGCUAUCGCGGUAGCCAGUGCGACCUCUCAUUCAUGCAUUUUUCCUGCCUAGCACUCAUUGUUUACUGAAUGUCUCCUCCACGCGAUUCAGCUCCAUGGCGACAGCGUUACGCCAAUCGACAUUCCACAAUUUGGUGACCGACUGUAGGCGGACAGAGCGCCAGCGCAUCCACGCAACGUGACUAACAAUCAGCGUCUGACUCGUCUUGGUUGAACUUCUUUCCCGUCGACCUCCGAGUUGCUUGUACGUUCCCUACCCCGGUAAUGGGGUGUAGGGGUGUCAGCGGUGGGUUCACGUAAUGGUCGUGGUGGUCGCUCACUUACUUGCAGGUGAGACUGCGCCUAGCGUCCACUUGCUGACACUCCACGUAGCUGGACUCUGCUCAGCGGCCACACCCCGGGCAACCGUCUCGACCGGCGGGCUAAACCAGGUGAGGGGGCCCUGUGAGCUGUGCCGUGUGCACAGGGUUUGCGGAUUCCGCAGGAUGGAAGGUCGGAUGGAACCUUGCGUCGGCACCGUCGUGACGUGGUUCGUCUCUGCACGUCGCUGGACAGCCGGUGACGGGAUGGACCUCCACAUCGACAUUGCCUUGACGCGCCCACCUACGCCGUCGGAGACCGCGGCUUACGGCGAAUUCGAGUCGCUCUCCACUACAACCCGAAGUCGUGGUCCCAUAGUGGAAUUCGGCCAUGCCACAACGGCACAUGGCAGCCCUAUUAAGGGAUGGCACUGCCAGCCCCCACGAGGGGAAGGGCCUAGAAAAGGUGGCCUAAACAUUGCUGGGUACCACGCCGUCUCCAGGCUAGCCAGGGCCACAGACGUCUAAUCAUGGUCGAAACAAUCAAAAUCGAAACAACAACAAUACCAAUAACAACAACAACCCUACUCAUUCUCCUCAUCCUACCUCUUCUUCCUCCUCCUCUGCCUAUUCUUCUCCUUCGUCACCUUCUUCUCCAUCUCCUUCCCGUCGCCCCACUCGUUGUCACCAGACUGGCAGGGUGAGCCCGCUCACUCUGGCAGCCUGGAAUGUUCGUUCCCUUUUAGAAAAUCCGAGGAGCAACCGACCGGAACGGAGGACGGCGCUAGUGGCACGAGAACUGGCGCGCUACAAGGUGGACAUCGCCGCACUCAGCGAGACCCGUUUCUCCGAACAAGGCCAACUGGAGGAGGUGGGUGCCGGCUACACCUUCUUCUGGAGCGGUCGACCCAGGGCAGAGCGACGGGACGCGGGUGUCGCCUUCGCCAUUCGUAACGACAUCGUGGGACGACUGCCCUGUUUGCCGCAGGGCAUCAACGAUCGCCUGAUGAGCCCCCGCCUGCCUCUCCGGCGAGGAGGCAAGUUCGCCACCAUCAUCAGCGCCUACGCUCCGACGAUGACCAAGCCCGACGCCGUCAGAGACAAAUUCUACGAGGAUCUGCACGCCCUCUUGGCGACUGUGUCGAAGGCGGACAAGUUGAUUGUCCUUGGUGACUUCAACGCCCGCGUCGGCACAGACCAUACUGCCUGGAGAGGAGUGCUGGGUCCCAACGGUCUCCGCGGCUCAAACGACAAUGGUCUGAUGCUUCUCCUCACCUGCGCAGAACACCGCCUCAUCCUGACGAGCACCUUCUUCUGUCUGCCGGAGCGAGAGAAGGCCACCUGGAGGCAUCCUCGGUCGCGCCAGUGA